CACACACAUACACAUAUUUCUGCAUCCUGUAUUUUUUUUAUGCACCGGGAACCGAGCGCUUUAUAAGCGGUCGUGGAUUAUGAUGCCAGUUUUUAUAACAGCGGAAUAUUGGCCUCUCCUUCGGCUCCUACUGUGAAUAGCAUUAUACCGCGUUUUUUUUUAUUUUAUUUUAAUUUUUCAGUCUAAUUUGGUUCCACGUUACUUCUGAGCACCGAGAGAUCGCCGAGACGCAAAGCCUACGUUCAAUGCCGGUGGAACAUGUCCUAUGUUCCCUUUCAAGAUGCAAGGUGUGCCGUCCCCCCCUCCUACCAUCAUCACCAUCAUCGCACCCACGCCCACUCCUUCCACGCUCCCUCCUACGACCGUCCCGCUCCGGAGCGUCCCUCCUACGACCGUCCCUCCUUCAAACGUCCCAGCUACGACCGCCCCUCCUUCGACCGUCCUUCCUAUGACCGUCCCUCCUUCGACCGUCCUUCCUACGACCGUCCUUCCUACGACCGUCCUUCCUACGACCGUCCUUCCUUCGACCGUCCCUCCUACAAGCUUCCCUCUCAAGAGCGCCCCGUCUACGACCGCCCCUCGCACGACCGCCCACCCCAAGACCGCUGGGACCCCCAUCUUCGUGUGAGCUCCGGAAAUCAGAUCUACAUGUUGGACCAGGAGGAGGUACACCCUUUGCUGAUGCGCGAGAGGCGCUCAGAGUCUCACAGGAACAAGCUACUGCGGCGGACAGUCAGCGUUCCUGUUGAGGGACGUCACCAUCCCGAGAUGGAUCAUCGCGCCCGGCGGAAGAGCAUAGCCACUGGGAAGCAGCCCAGCAUGGAGGUCCCUCCCACUGCCCCAAUUCAACCCUUCCGACAAUCCAGUUUCCUCAGCAGAAGGUUGAAGGGCUCCAUCAAGAGGGCUAAGAGUCAGCCCAAACUGGACCGAACCAGCAGUUUCCGCCACAUGAUCCUCCCCCGCUUCCGCAGUGCCGACCAAGACAGGACCCGUUUGAUGCAGAGCUUCAAAGAGUCCCACUCCCAUGAGUCCUUGCUGUCCCCCAGCAGCGCUGCCGAGGCGCUGGACCUCACCCUGGACGAGGACGCCAUCAUCAAACCUGUCCACUCCAGCAUCCUGGGACAAGAGUACUGCUUUGAGGUGACUACGGCAUCGGGAACCAAGUGCUUUGCGUGUCGCUCAGCUGCAGAGAGAGACAAAUGGAUCGAGAACCUGCAGAGAGCUGUCAAGCCCAACAAGGACAACAGCCGGAGGGUGGACAAUGUGCUCAAACUGUGGAUCAUCGAGGCCCGCGAGCUUCCAGCCAAGAAACGCUACUACUGCGAACUUUGUCUGGACGACAUGCUGUACGCACGCACCACCAGCAAGCCCCGCACCGACACCGUCUUCUGGGGCGAGCACUUUGAAUUUAACAACCUGCCAGCUGUCCGCAACCUACGCCUUCAUCUAUACAAGGAGACGGACAAGAAGAGACGCAAGGAAAAGAGCACAUACUUAGGACUUGUAAGCAUCCCCAUCUCAAGCAUCACCGGACGCCAGUUUGUGGAGCAGUGGUAUCCUGUCAUCCAGCCCAGCGUCCUGACCAAGGGAGCCGGGGUGGGAGGGGGGAAGAUCAUCAACGCAUCCCUACGCCUCAAGUCCCGCUUCCAGACCAUGAACAUCCUGCCCAUGGAGCUGUACAAGGAGUUUGCAGAGUACGUCACCAAUAACUACCGCACCCUGUGUGCCGUGCUGGAGCCCGUGCUGAGCGUCAAGAGCAAAGAGGAAGUGGCCUGUGCAUUGGUGCAUAUACUGCAGAGCACGGGGAAAGCCAAGGACUUCCUGUCAGACAUGGCAAUGUGUGAGGUAGACAGAUUCAUCGACCGAGAACACCUUAUCUUCAGAGAGAACACUCUGGCCACCAAAGCCAUAGAAGAGUACCUCAAACUGAUCGGACAUAAGUACCUCAAGGAUGCUAUAGGGGAGUUCAUAAGGGCCUUGUAUGAGUCAGAGGAAAACUGCGAAGUGGACCCCAUGAGAACACCACCCUCUGUGCUCCCAGACCACCAAGCCAAUCUCCGAAUGUGCUGUGAACUAGCACUCUGCAAGAUCGUCAACUCCCAUUGUGUUUUCCCUCGAGAGCUCAAGGAAGUUUUUGCCUCGUGGAGAGUGCGCUGUGCUGAGAGAGGUCGGGAAGACAUCGCAGACCGCCUCAUCAGCGGUUCCCUCUUCCUGCGCUUUCUGUGUCCCGCCAUCAUGUCCCCGUCACUCUUCAACCUCACGCAGGAGUAUCCCGAUGAGCAGACUUCACGCACGCUCACCCUCAUCGCCAAAGUAGUGCAAAACCUGGCUAACUUCUCCAAGUUUGGCAAUAAAGAGGAGUACAUGUGUUUCAUGAACGAGUUUUUAGAGAUGGAGUGGGCCUCCAUGCAGCAGUUCCUGUACGAGAUCUCCAACCUGGACAGCGUCAGCAAUGCGGGCGGCUUCGAGGGAUACAUCGACCUGGGCAGGGAGCUGUCCAUCCUCCACAGCCUCCUCUGGGAGGUCAUCGCUCAGCUCAGCAAGCAAAACUCAGCAAAACUGGUUUUCUUUGAACCACAGGAUGCCAUCAUCAAACUGGGUCCUUUGCCCCGCCUCCUGAAUGACAUCAGCAUGGCCCUGCGUAACCCACACCUCCAGAGGCAGCCCAGCCAUCAGCAAGACCGGGUGCAGGACAGGCAGAAAGACAUUCUGCUGUCCCGGCCCUUCUUCAACAGGGGCAUCUCGUCCGAGUUCCAAAAUCUCAUGAUGAGGGAUCCUAAUAGCUCUAUAGAUAUCACUCGCUUGCCUUCCCCCACAUCCACCGGAGGGGUCAUGCCAUCGCGCUCCCAGAUGAGUUUUCAGGACCGUGACCACCCCAACCGAGCGUCCUCCAAAGACAUGUUUUAUGUAUCCCGCCCGCCCUUGGCCCGAUCCAGCCCGGCCUACUGCACGAGCAGCUCGGACAUCACAGAACCAGACCCUAAGGAUUCCCGAAUGAACAGCGUGUCUAACCUGCAGUCGGUGGACAUGCUCAACUCCUCCCAGGCCUCCAUCGCCGGCAUGGGCAGCUUCGGAGGGCUGAGCAGCGGAGGCGGUGGCGGCCUGGGGUCGGGCCUGAGCAGCCAGCUGCGGGCCGGUGGGAGGUUGUCAGCUGGCUCUGGCGGCUCCAGCAUGUCCGGCGGCCUUCGGCUGAGCCAGCUGAGCCAGAUGGGCACCACCACCGACUCGCUAUCCCAGCAGCAGCAACAGCAGGCCGCCGCCAUGCGCUACCCGCUUUCCUUCCAGAAUCCCCUCUUUCAUCUGGCGACCGCUGAUGGGCCUCAACAGCAACAGCUCCAUCACCAGCACAGCCGGGCUCAACCUCCAGCACCCCUGCUCCUGGCCCCAGAGCCCGAUCCCUCUCACCAGACCUACAUGCCACAGUUCGCCCAUGGGGGGUUCUCUCGCAGUGAGGACCUGUCCACCCUCAGGACCAGGGACGGUCACCUGGGCCAACCCAGCAUCAUCCACUCACACAGCUACAGUGACGACUACAGCAGGGCUGAAUAUGGACGCAGGCAGAUGUCCAUGCACGUGCAGGAUAAUCUCCAACAGCAACAACAAAUGAUGGGCUUGACCUCCCAGACAGGAACCUCCCACUCCUCUCUGGCCACCACGCCCCCCUCCACAGUCCAACCCAUGCGCCAGAGUUCUGUUGCCCCGCCUCCCACCCAGCGCGUCAAGUCCCAGCUGUCCGUCAGUGCGGCCGCCGCGCCCACCGCUCUGGGUAAAACGCGACCGCCGAGCGGGAAUCUCCUCCAGUCGCCUGAGUCCGGCUACGGCGGCAGGCAGCACGGGUCCAGGCAGCUGUCCGUCAAAGACAACACUGCCCCGGGCCUGCCCCACCAGCAGAGCUCAGUCAGGGAGAGCCAGAGUCCACAGGGAACCACCAGUCAGAGCACUCAACAGUCCCCGCAGCAACAGCCUCCACAGCAGCACCUGCUCAAACCCACCAUGACCAAACAGGUCUCUGGGUCUCCGUCUAGCCUCAACCCCCCGACCCCAGCCAACGAGCGGACAGUGGCCUGGGUCUCCAACAUGCCUCACCUAUCGGCUGACAUUGAAAGUUCGCGGAUUGACCGUGAAGAGUUCAAACUGAAGGAGUACUCGAAGAGCAUGGAUGAGUCACGCAUGGACAGGGUAAAGGAGUACGAGGAGGAGAUCAACUCCCUGAAGGACCGCCUGGUGAUGUCCCACAAAAAGCUGGAGGAGUACGAGCGGCGGCUCCUCACGCAGGAGCAGCAGACCAAUAAGAUCCUCCUACAGUACCAGAACCGACUGGACGACAGUGAGAGGAAGCUACGGCAACAGCAAGUGGAGAAAGACUCCCAAAUUAAAGGAAUAAUUAGCAGGAAAGAAGACAUGGGAUGAAGACAGAGACAGUCCUGCUCGUCUUUUAUGGGGAACAUCUCUAAACGCUCUAACCUUGUAUAUAAACUCCCUCCCAUCCUAUCCUUGUGCUGCUGCACGUACCAUCAGCUAUCUUUAUGAACUCAGCUUUUAACUGGAUCUCGGGAUCGUUUCAGAUGAUUCCACUUAGCUUGAUUUUCAAUUGACUCUCCCACGAGAUUGCACAGUAAAAGCACAAGAGGAUUGAAAAUAUUAAUAACUUCAGAAACAUGUCUGCACUUUGUAAAGCAACACAUUGUUUUGGACCUCCAGGCACAGGACUAUGGAAGACCACGGUGUCAUAGUAGCUCUUCCAUUUGAAAUCGAGGUGAACAAUGUUCACUGAAGGACUGCUGAUGUAUCUUUCUACAUGGGGAGCGAUACCUUUUUUUUUUCAUAUGAUGCUAUGGUGUAAUAUGAAGAGGGGAGAAAAUCACAAAGAGUGAUGAAGAUUCAAGCAUGAAGGCGUAACGGGAAUAUACCACAUAAAAGAGAAAUUUUAUCAGAGCACUUAGAGCCAAACUAUUAAUUAUCGCUCCACUGGAGCUUAAAGCAAACGAGUAAAUCUGCUGCACACACACACACACACACACACACACAGCAUAGUGUGCAGGAACAUGAUAUCUACACAUGCAUCCUGUGUGACUUUUAUCAUCUGACCACACAAGGACGAAUUACGUAGCAGAUCUGGAUGCUUCCAAGUCAGUUUUACUCACAAUUUACUGAGCCAGACCAUUUCAUCGAACGCAUUGCAACACUUGCAUUGUCUGGAUUUUUAAUUUUAACGCAUGUAUGAGUAACGCAAACAAAGUGUGAAUGGUCUCAGGCCAUGGGACUAAAUUAUUAGUGAAAAGACAAAUGUAACCAUAACCUUAUGUGAUAUUCCAUCAUCUUAAAUUGACUUUUAUGUUAAAUUUUCACUAUGGGAUGCAAAUACAAGCUCAGGUUCUGCAAAAAAGGAGCGUACAUAUGGCUCCUGUGUAGGCUUGAAAAAAUCUCUCUAUCUGCAGAACUCAAACACUUAGCAUUGUGUUUCGGAGAUUUUCCUUUCAGAGAAGCCUUAAUGUUCUGUGCAUAAACUUUAUUUUAAGCUCAGAGCAAAUCCAAUAUCUGUCAUUGGACGAGAUACACUUUAUUUUCCUCAACAACCUAAUUUAAACCAAAGCCAAAUAUUGAGUUUAUAGGUCAUGCUAGGUUAAAUCCACUUAAAACACUGAAUCCACUUUACCUGUAGCACUUGUAUCUAUAUUUUUCUUUCGGGUGGUUGAUCCCAUUAGUUGGCUGCAGGCUCUCUAUUUUUUUUCUUCUCAAAAUAUUUUAAUGCAUUUUGUUAACCAUAGAUAUAAACUAUUUAUCUUCCCCAAGCUGUUUGCUGAGUUAGCAGUAGGGGAAAAAAAUCAAUGGUCUUAAUUGCACCUGUCAUAGUAAUAAUCUAUUUUUAACUGUAAUCCAUAGCAUAUUAUAGUCUGUGAUGCAAGAGCCAUAACAAUAAUGAUAUAUGAAAUAUAUAUGAAUUCUGUUUGAGAGUGAGAUAAUUAUAUUAACCUUGCAAUAGCUAACCUUUUAGCGGGAGAAGCGCAAUAAUAGAUAUGACACAAUAUGUCUACAUGUGCUGUCUGUGCAGAUGCACACGCAGGAUCCUGCAGAGAUAUAUUGUAUGCAUCUUGUGUACAUAAAGAAACAGUAACUUCCUGCCAAAAUCUUUAACCAGGUGCCGUCCACAGUAUCUAAACCGAAAAAAUAAAGACCUGGAAUACUGUAAAAUGCAGAGACAACAUGACAACAAUGACGUGACUCCUUGACAACAGUAUGUUCUGCAAAGUGUGUUCUUAAGUUUCUCAACUUGUUUUUGGUGUUUGUGAAUUUAUCUGCAUUUAAAAAUGACUGCAUUGGAUAUUAUUUAUUAUAAUAAUUAAAGGCGAAAAAAAGGUUUUCUUCUAUCUGUAUGAUUUUGCUGUAUAUGCUUGGUAUGCUUUUUGACCUGCAGUCCGUCAUUGGUGGUGUCCAGUGACAUGGUGAUCAGAAUAGUUGUUUUAAUAAGAAAGGUAGACAGUACUGUCAUUAUGCAGCUACGCUAUGAUUUAGAUAUUAUUAUUAAAAAGGGCAACCAUUUUAUUUUCUGUUUCCCUCCCCAGAGAUAUAGAUAACAUUCUGGUGUCAGUAUAUCCGCCUCUUCUUUGUAGCAAGACUAUAUUGAUAGGCUGUAUAGAUUGUAACACAGCAAAACUUAUUGUUUAAAUCUUGCAAAUGAAUUCAUAGUGGUGAUGAGUUUUGGCUUGAUGUGUGUGUGAUCUAUAUUGGUCUGAUUGACAUGGCUUGUAGCAACAGCCAAGGGUUUAUACUCACUUUUAUACAGACCUGUGUCAAAUAGUUGCAAAUAAUUAGUUUGAACCGGCGGGGAUGGGUGGGGGUCUGCUGCAUGAGCUCCCAUGUUGAAGGUAAGUUUCAGUCAAACAACUUUAUGUUGCAAAGAAAAAGAAAGUAUUUGCAGCUGCUGUUUGAUCCAGGUCUGUUGUUGACUUUACAUCAACUUUUCAUCCUAUUUGACAUCUUUGUCUCUUGCCUUUUUUCUCUGUAGCAAAAUAUUCAGACAUUGUGACCUCAUGUUGGUAGACACACACAUUGUUUUGACUACAUGUACGACUUGACCUCAAAAGCACACUACUUGAAGUACAACUGGAUAUAAAAAGCUCAACUUUUUCUUUUCUUUUGUAACAUAUCACCCACAUGAAUCAUUGUCUGCCUCUUGAAGUCAUGUCAAAAUCUUAAUGCUGUAUACCCAUGUUACAUUCCAUUGUUUUUUGGGACAGUGCUUAUAUUUCUGUGUGUGCUUUACAGUAUGAUUGACUCUUUUUCUUUUCUCUUCUUUUGUAAAAAUAACUCUUAACACUGUACAUUAUUUAUGGAAUAAAACAUCCAAACACUUAUGUUUGAAACUUCA